CAGUAAGGGUUCGAAAUUCUCAUUAUAUAGGCUUAGAAGUUAGAACACCGGGUGAUGCGGCUCACAGUGAAGUGCCAUAUAAUAUGUAGCUCGCUAGUCAAGAAAGCCGGCUCCCCUUGUUUCUCUCAUCCUUCGUCUCCGCAUCUCCUGUCUCUCUUUCACAGAGAGAGCUUUCUAUCUGCCGGUACAAGAAGCUGUAUAGAUUAGCCUGUAAUUACAUAGCCAUGGCAGUUGGGCUGGCAGUAGCAAGUGAAGGAGGGGAGAGACACAACAAUGGAAAGAUAACUUCCUUUGUGAUAUUGUCCUGUAUGAUGGCUGCCAUGGGAGGUGUUAUCUUUGGUUACGAUAUCGGGAUUUCAGGUGGAGUGACCUCUAUGGAGUCAUUCCUGAAGAGAUUCUUCGGGGAAGUGGACUCGAAGAUGAAGCAAGACACCAAUAUCAGCAACUACUGCAAAUUCGACAGCCAACUCUUGACCUCCUUCACCUCUUCCCUCUACAUAGCAGGUCUCGUGGCUUCCUACUUUGCCUCAUCGUUGACCCGAGCUUUCGGACGAAAGCCCUCCAUCCUCGUUGGUGGGGCCGCCUUCCUAGCUGGUGCAGCCCUUGGGGGCGCGGCCUUUAAUGUGUACAUGCUGAUAUUCGGCCGAGUCCUACUUGGUAUUGGUGUUGGUUUUGCUAAUCAGUCGGUACCUUUGUAUCUCUCGGAGAUGGCACCGUCGAGAUACAGAGGAGCAUUUAGUAACGGGUUCCAGUUCUGUGUCGGUAUCGGGGCAUUGUCGGCAAACAUUAUCAACUAUGGGACCGAGAAGAUCAAGGGCGGGUGGGGAUGGCGGGUCUCCCUAGCUCUAGCAGCAGUUCCCGCUUCGAUCUUGACUGUCGGAGCCCUCUUCCUGCCCGAAACGCCAAACAGCCUUAUCCAACGAGGGGACAGUAACGAGAAGGCUAAGUCGAUGCUCCGGCGAAUACGAGGAACUAAUGAUGUCGAGGCAGAGUUUGAAGAUCUUGUUAAGGCAAGCGCGGUCUCGAAGACCAUUGACCGGCCAUUCCGAAAGAUCACAGAAAGAAGAUACAGGCCUCAACUGGUCAUGGCGAUAGCUAUCCCAUUCUUCCAGCAAGUGACUGGAAUCAAUGUGAUUGCAUUCUAUGCGCCUAUUCUUUUCCGGACGAUCGGUCUGGGGGAGAGUGCUUCACUCAUGUCGGGGGUAGUGACCGGAAUCAUCGGCACCGGGUCGACCUUAAUUUCGAUGCUUAUAGUCGACAAGCUGGGGCGGCGGACAUUGUUUAUUUGGGGGGGCGUCCAAAUGUUUGUGUCACAAAUAAUGGUAGGAGGAAUCAUGGGAGCAAAGUUAGGAGACCAUGGUGGAGUGAGCGGAGGGUGUGCCUAUUUAGUCAUAUUUCUGAUCAGUGUCUAUGUUGCGGGGUUCGGGUGGUCGUGGGGCCCGCUCGGCUGGCUUGUCCCGAGCGAGAUAUUCCCUCUUGAGAUCCGGUCGGCAGGGCAGAGUAUUACGGUGGCAGUGAGCUUCUUCUUCACCUUUAUAGUCGCUCAGACAUUCCUGACGAUGCUGUGCCACUUCAAGUCUGGGAUUUUCUUCUUCUUCGGAGCGUGGGUGGCUAUCAUGAGUGUGUUCGUGUAUUUGCUGUUACCGGAGACGAAGAAUGUGCCGAUCGAGCAGAUGGAUAGGGUGUGGAGGGAGCACUGGUUCUGGAAGGGAAUUGUGGAAGAUCAGUAUGAGGCCUGUAAGAAGGAUGACGGUGGCAUUACGACUUCAUCAGCCUGAGCUGAGUUCGAUCAUAAUCAGAUUUCGAGCAGCUCACAAUGUUUCUAUUUUAACCUUACCUUUACGAACUUCAGACCGAAAAAUUACACUACUAUCAAUUUACCCAAAAAUAAAAUAAAAAUUACACUAUACUAUCGAUUGUAAUUGUAAUGCACGCGCUAAAUAAAAAUCUUUAUAAUUCA